AGGUACCGACAAUAUUUUCUAAAUCUGUCACAAUCACAAAUAGAUCUUUAUUCUCUCUUCUCGCUUAACAGUGUGAGCUGGAUUUCUGCUUAUUCCGGCGACCGUCAUCCAUGGAUGGUCACCGGCGGCGCCACAACCAAAGACACAACCGGUUCCGUCACCUACUUCCGGCAAUUUCCGCUAUCUCCGGCGCUAUUCUCCUCCUCUUCUUUCUCCUCUCUUUCUUCGCCCCUUCACCUCAUCAUCUUCACCAUUUCAGACAUCACGCAUCCUUUGAUGAAAAUGUCAUUAGCGACGAUGACGAUGCACCUAGGGUUUCUUCAACCUUCAAAGUUCCGACCAGUAGCAAGAUGAUUAGUGAUAGAAAUCUGUGGAUUACAAGCAUGUCAAAGUUUUAUUAUGGAUGUAGUAAUGCUAGCAGUCAGUUUCCAAAAGCUCAAUCCAUCACACGGCCUAAUCGAUACUUGCUCAUUGCUACCAGUGGAGGUUUAAACCAACAAAGGACUGGGAUUACGGAUGCCGUAGUUGCUGCACGAAUUCUGAAUGCUACACUUGUUGUCCCUAAGCUGGAUAAGAAAUCAUUCUGGAAGGAUGCUAGUACCUUUUCAGAGAUAUUUGAUGUUGAUUGGUUUAUAUCAAGUUUAUCAAAGGAUGUUAAAAUUAUAAGAGAUCUUCCUCAUAAGGGUGGCAAGAAAUGGUCUCCAUACAGUACUCGUGUACCUAGGAAGUGUAACGAAAGAUGUUAUCAUAUUCGUGUACUCCCUUUGUUUUCCAAAAGACGUGCUGUUCAGCUAAGCAAGUUUGAUUACAGACUUUCUAACAAGUUGGAAACUGAUUUUCAAAAGCUUAGAUGCAGGGUAAACUACCAUGCUUUAAAAUUUACCGAUCCCAUAAUUAAAAUGGGUCAAACAUUGGUCAAUCGAAUGAGAAAAAUGGGCAAACACUUUGUUGCUUUACACUUGAGGUUCGAACCAGAUAUGCUUGCAUUCUCGGGAUGUUACUAUGGCGGAGGAGAAAAGGAAAUAAAAGAACUUAAUAAAAUACGGAAAAGGUGGAAAACUUUACAUAUUAGUGAUCCGGAGAAAGAAAGGAGGCAAGGGAGGUGCCCGCUUACACCCGAAGAAGUAGGUUUAAUGUUAAGAGCACUCGGGUAUGAUAAAGAUAUUAACAUUUAUGUGGCUUCUGGUGACGUAUAUGGCGGCAAUGAAACAUUGAAUCCGUUGAGGGCGCUUUUUCCAAAUAUUUAUUCAAAAGAAACCAUAGCUACCGAACAAGAGCUCGAACCAUUUUCGUCAUUUUCUUCCCGUAUGGCGGCGCUAGAUUAUAUGGUGUGUGAUGAAAGCGAUGUUUUUGUUACCAACAAUAAUGGUAAUAUGGCCAAAAUAUUAGCGGGACGGAGGAGAUACUUCGGACACAAACCGACAAUACGCCCAAACGCAAAGAAAUUGUCUCGUUUGUUCAUGGACCGAAACAACUUGACAUGGGAAGAGUUCUCUUCACAGGUUCGGGUUCAUCAAAUAGGUUUCAUGGGGGAGCCAAAUGAGGCGAGGCCCGGGCGAGGUGAGUUUCAUGAAAACCCGACUUCAUGUAUUUGUGAAAAAACAAAUCAUAAAUCAAAAACGGUAUCGCUCCCUCGAAAAAUCAGGAAUGGGAUACCGGAGGCGGAUGAAACUGGUAAUGAUGAAUAUAUGGAUAAUAAUCGAGAAUCGUAUAACCAAGAUGAAAAUGAAGACGAAGAUGGGGAUGAAGACGAAGACAGGAUCGUCUCUAAUCUUCAGUAUCUUCUUAAUGACACACUUGUUGAUGAAUUUUCUACGGGCUCAGAUGAAAAUGAGUUGGAAGACUUGCUUUCGGAUUGAGUACUUUGACUUACAGCCAACCCAGUCAAACAAAAAUGAUCAAAGUGCCUAUUGUGUUGCCGGGUCCUUUGGGUGUAAAUUUUGUAGAUAUGAACUGAUGGGUGAUGUGGAAAUGGCGAACGAUUUUGUGGAGUUUAGAUCGUACUGUAUUGACUAUUUAAGUUGUGUAGAAAGUGGAAAAAAAAAAGAAUAUAACGCAUCUGUUGUAGCUGUAAAAAGUAAUGAACAAGAAAAUGAACACUUUUGAGAGCAGAGAAAAUCAGAAUGCCUUGUUGCGAUGUCAAAUAAGGUUAAACUAUAAUCAGUUUAUCAAUGUGUACAAA